CCCCAAGCCUGCAUGAGUAACAAGAUCAAUUCGUGAUCAAGCACCUCACUCUCCGCUUGCAGAUCACGUUUCAUGCCUAGCAUUGCCUGGGCCGCUCAGUAUUCCAGCCAGCUCCAGGUAGCCUCAGCCUUGAAGACGACCGGUCUGACUGACGCGCAAGAGACAUCCGGCCAACAGUCGAGACCAGUGCUCCACUCAGGUCACCGGACCAUUCUCAACGACUUCGCCUUCAGCUUUUCGCACCACUAUUGUCUGGUCAUUGGUCUUGAAUAUCAUAUUGGCCUCGUCUGAGCACGCGUUUGGUACCAGUCGGGCGUCAGAGAGCGCCAAGGUAUCGCAGGGGUAGAGGAGCAUUGUUGCGAAGGGCAGCGUGCUAGCUCGUGCACUCGAGCUGCCUUGAUACGAGGCUUGCCUCUCGACGAGUGUGACUCGCAUUCUGCUCUUGUCUCUUCUACCCCUGGUGACUUGAUCCGCGUGCAUCGCUCCCUACUGUGACACCCCUCGUCCUGCCCCGUGCGCCCUCUGGCUACUGUAGACGGCUCACGCUGUCCAGCCAUCGCCCUGAGGCUCAGCUGUGUUCCAAAGCUUCGAUUGCAACUUUGCUUGCAGCGCCUCGCUGAGUACAUCACAGCUGCUGGUCGUCUGUCUUUGCCUCGAGCCCUCUCGAUUUCGUUGGAUCUUGAUUGAGCCCUCGAACGUUUUUUUGCGCGACUUUGAAAACGUCUUGCGGGGGCGCUCUGGUCGCUUGCUCUACCAGUGCUCGCCGCGCAACACACUGCACUGCGCCGGUUCGUCUCCACAGCCACGACGCAGAGAGAAGUUUUCUAUUUCAUCCUGUCUACUGUGAGUGUCGCAUGCUCGUGUGUUCGGACACGAAUUCAUCGAACGACGCGCAAGCUAACACGGAAGGGUCUGCUGUCAGUUCUUUGCGCACUGCUAGCGCUCGUC